AAGACCAAUGUCUUCCUCUUCUUAGGUAGCGAUUUCUUCGUUUUUCUUCUACAAUUUGAUUCCCAUUAAGCUCUGCUUUUGUGGGUAAUUGAAAAGUUUGAUUCUUUUUUUACGAAAAAGCGAUCUGAUUCAAACCCAAGACUCUGAUACUUGUUAAGCUAAUCCCAAAGCUGCGUUUUUUUUAUCUUCAAAGUAUGAAUCAGAUGAGGAACGGCAAUUUAGGGUCAGAAUCAUUUGGUCCUUGCUUGCUUCUGUCUGUUCCAGACGAUGUAAUUGCUAUUAUCGCUCGUUUUGUUUCUCCAAGAGACAUUUGUAAUCUAAGCUUAUGCUGCAAAAGUCUCUGUGAGGUUGUGGAUUCAGAGAAUAUCUGGUUUGUGCAAUGUGAUGUUGCAAAGGUUCUUCCUUUAUCUGAAAUUGUCCAAUGGCGAGUUGAGGUCUCUUGUUACAAGGCGCUUUGUAGGUUUCUUGUUGAUGUGGUGAAGCCUCUUGUUGGUAUUUGGGUUCAUCAAAACCCUGAACUUGGGAAUGUUGUUUAUGUGAUGCCUGGUUUCUUAUCUGUUGUUGGGUGCCGGAUUAUUCCACAAGAGGUUGGUCCUUUGGGGAUUGAGGAGGCUUGUGUUAUGUGGUCACCCGUGUUUGAGGUUAUUUGUGGUUCUGAUGGCUCUGCCAAGUUUUUCCUCCAUGGAAGAGACGGAAAACUCAACUGCUGCGUGCACCCUGGUUUCGUUGUGGGUAUUGAGAAGAGUUGUAAUGUGCUUUUACUUGAGGUUGAGCCGAGGCGAGAGGAGACUGUGUUGUUGGGAGAGACAGAGGUUCGGUUUCCAUUUCGUAGUCUACCUUUUAGUUAUAGAAGGAAUUUGCUUCACAUAGUGACAAGCACUGUUGGUAUACCUGUACCUGAUCUGUCAAGUGAGAGGUUAUUUCCUACGUCGAAAGAUGAUGAAGCGGUGUUGUUGGAACGCAGAACCAUGCUUCUUAAAAUGCAUAAGUUUGGUGGAGACUGGAAUCACAUGAACCUGGAGGAUGAGUGUAUAAGUAUUGCAAAUCAGGUAGACAUAAACAAAUCGUGGAAGGAACUUGGUUUUGAUGUUGAUAUCCGCAACAUGGAUGCUGGGAAUCAGAUACAGGGUACACAAAAGAAGAGCUUAAGUAGGUAUUUCAGAAGUGGUAUAAAGCAAAUUCUUGGGAGGUCUAGUUCUUCGAAGAAGACGUCUUCUUCAAGAAGUGAGACUAGACCUUGGAAUCUCCAAAGAUUUCUUAGCUUUGGUGAUUCACUAGGCCUUAGUCUCAAAGCUUCCAAAAUUAAGCUGUCUUCUUAUCAAGGUUGGCCAAACAUGGACGAAACCUGUUUUGCACUUUAUAAGCUACCAGUUAAGAAUCCCAUCGCUAGUGAAGAGUAUGCAGGCUUGUGGGGAGGAACUUUUGGUUGGCCACCGGGAACAUGUACCGAAGAUAAACCCGGAAAGGCUCUUUUUCUACUGAUGCUCUCUUAUGAACAGUCUCAAGAUGGUACUGAUAGGCUUCUUAUAGGGACAAAAAUACUAGAAGGAACUCACUACGGAAUGCAUCCUAAUGGAUCUGCAAUGUUUGUUAUAAAGAUUGAUUCGCCUUCCUUUGAGCUUUUUCCUUUCGAAACAAAUGGAGAAGAAUUUGAGAAUUCUUACGAAGGAGAAGGUACUGCGAAGGGUUAUGGUUUCCGGUAUCCUGGUUACAAACCUGGUACCCUUUUUGUGACAUCUAAAGGUCUUCUCAUGUUUGUUUGGAAAGCAACUAAAGUUGUGAUGACAUUGCAAAGACUUGACCUUGGAGAUCUCUUAAGGAAAGGCAUGUGUGUACCGCCUUUACCUCCAUGUCUGAAUUUUGCUUAUUUGACAAAAUGUCACGCCAAUGUGUUUGCCCCGGAGCGAAGAAGAUCAUAGGAGAUUCAUGCAACAGAUUUGAAAGCUCAUAUGUCUUCUCUGUUUCCAAUAUAUUCUCGUUAUCGAAUAUCAUUGAUAUUUACACUCAAUAUGCUUGUAACGUGUGUUUAGUCUAAGACCACUAAAUAUAAAAAUAUGUAUUACUAUAGUACAUUAGUACAGUGAAGCAAAUCCUGUGGUAAUGAAACAGAGGGAGGGUGUCAGACAAGCAUCAGAAGGUGAGAAUAUUAGUGAAUAGUGAUGUUAAAACACGUCCCUGCCCAUUAAUACCCUCCAUGUUUAGUGAUAAACCCGUUUAGAUCCGUUAAUUUACUAACUCGUUGGUCGGUU